AUUGGAUGGAGUUAACAAUUAAACAUCAUCAUCAUCUUUAGUAGAAGUACAAGUAUUAACAGCUAGGGUUUCUUUUCCAACCUCCAUUUUUCAUUUUUGUGGAUUUUAUUUACUCCAAAAUUCACAGCCUGGAUCCUCCAAUAUUGUCCUCUCUCUCCUCUCUCUAUCAUCCCUCAACUACUCUCAAUUAACAAUUGUAUUUGUUGUCACACACACACACACACACACUUUUUUUUAACUCACUUUGCCACUUUACUGUCAUCAUCUAAAAAACUCAGCACUCAUAAAAAUGCACACACAGCAGCAACCUCCAAACUAAAUGCACUCUACCAGUCUACUACCCCCUUUCUCUUUCCCCAUUCCUCUGUUUUCCUCCCCAUUGAAAUGAACCCAUAACAUCAUUUUUUCUUUCCCUCAAAAACUGACCCAAGAAAAAAGCCAUUUUUUUUCAGUGAUUAAGAGUGAGUGAGAGUGAGGCUAAAGAGGAGAAAAAAAAGAUGCGAUUUUUAUUGCCAAAAUUAGCAAUGCGGCUGCCAUUCUUCUUCAUCUUCAUCAAUUUCUUGUUCGUUGCUACGAUUUCUACAGAUCUGAGUACUGACCGUGAGGCCCUUUUGGCUCUUCGCUCCGCCGUGGGUGGCCGGACUUACCUGUGGAAUGCUUCCAGUCCGACGCCAUGCAACUGGGCCGGCGUCCAAUGUCAGAACAACAGAGUGGUGGUUCUCCGCCUUCCUGCUUCAUCCCUCUCCGGUUCUCUUCCGUCUAACACCAUCUGCAACCUCACCAGCCUCCGUACUCUGAGCCUCCGCCUCAACCAUCUUUCCGGCCCUCUUCCGUCUGACUUCCCUCAAUGUGCUGAGCUAAGAAAUCUGUACCUUCAGGGUAAUCAAUUCUCUGGGCCUAUUUCACCUGUCCUUAAUAUUCACUCUUUGGUCCGUUUGAAUCUAGCCGGCAACCAAUUUUCCGGCGAAAUUCCGCCGGCGUUGAACAAUUUGACUCGGUUGAGGACUCUUUAUCUGGAAAGCAACAACUUCUCUGGGCCCAUCCCUGAGUUGAGCCUGCAAAAUCUUGACCAGUUUAAUGUUUCUUUUAAUAGCUUAAAUGGCUCCAUUCCCAAAGGUCUUGAAGGAAUGCCGGUCAGUGCAUUUUCAGGGAACACCUUGUGUGGGAAACCGCUUGAUUUAUGCCCCAAAAAUGAAACCCCUCCUGCUAUUGCAGUUGGUAAUACGCCUCCGAUUUUUGAGGGUAAGAGGCAUAGGUUGUCUGGAGGGGCAAUUGCGGGCAUUGUAAUUGGAUCUGUGGUUGGAUUCUUGCUUUUGUUGUUGGUGGUUUUCUUGCUGUGCAGAAAAAGAAGCGGCCAAAAGACAAGGUCUGUUGACUUAACAUCAAUUAAACAGCAUCAUGCCACUGAUACUUCCGUGGAAAAACCUAUUGUUGAAAGUGGGGAGAACAAUGGCAGUUUCAAUAAUGGAUACUCAGUGGCUGCAGCUGCAGCAGCGGCAUUGACUGCCAGUGGGAAAGGGGAGACUGGUGGGGUUGGAGCAAAUGGUGGAGCUAAGAAACUAGUGUUCUUUGGUAAUAAUUCAAGGGUGUUUGAUUUAGAGGAUUUGUUGAGGGCUUCUGCUGAGGUUUUGGGGAAAGGUACAUUUGGCACUGCUUAUAAGGCUGUUUUGGAGUUUGGAAGUGUUGUGGCUGUGAAGAGAUUGAGGGAUGUGAUCAUUCCUGAGAAGGAAUUCAGGGAGAAGAUUGAAGCUGUUGGAGCUAUGGAUCACAACAACUUGGUUCCUCUUAGGGCGUACUAUUACAGCAGGGAGGAAAAGCUUCUAGUUUAUGAUUACAUGCCAAUGGGAAGUUUAUCUGCACUUCUUCAUGGGAACAAAGGAGCUGGUAGAACUCCAUUAAAUUGGGAGGUUAGGUCUGGCAUUGCCCUUGGAGCGGCUCGUGGAAUUGAAUACCUACAUUCUCAAGGUCUUGAUGUCUCCCAUGGAAAUAUCAAGUCUUCAAAUAUAUUGCUCACCAAGUCCUAUGAUGCCCGAGUUUCAGAUUUCGGUUUAGCGCACUUGGUUGGACCCCCAUCCACACCUACUCGUGUUGCUGGCUACCGGGCACCAGAGGUUACUAAUCCUCAGAAAGUUACACAGAAGGCCGAUGUCUACAGCUUUGGAGUGCUACUUUUGGAGCUUCUAACUGGGAAGGCACCCACUCAUGCAGUGUUAAAUGAAGAAGGGGUGGACUUGCCACGAUGGGUUCAGUCGAUUGUACGAGAGGAGUGGACAUCUGAAGUGUUUGAUCUUGAGCUGCUUAGGUACCAAACUGUGGAGGAGGAAAUGGUGCAAUUAUUGCAGCUUGCCAUCGAUUGUGCAGCACAGUAUCCAGACAAUCGGCCUUCCAUGUCCGAGGUUGUGAGUCGGAUUGAAGAGCUCCGUAGAACAAGUGUUCGAGAUUACACUGAACAACAGACUGACCAGGUCAAUGAAGCAGAAUAGCAAAGCCUAUCAAGUCAAUCAGGUGGUGUGUUCUGCCGCAGUUUGUACUAAAAGAGGAAUCCUGUGUGGCAGUAGUAACUUCAACAUUUCCUCCAUUUUUAGAGUCUCAUAUGUUCUUGUUUUUUUCACCUCCAGGCAGCUGUCAUUGUUAUUUAAUUGGAGUUAACAGUGCAUGUUCCCUUUCUUCUGUUUUUUUUUCUUCUCACUCUUUUCUGGGUUUAGAAAACAAUCCCCCAUUGUAGCAGCCUUAGCUCUUCCUUUUACCCCCUCUUCUUAUUUCCUCUCUAAGGAGGGCCUAUUGUUCCAUUAUUCUCUUCAUAUGGAUAAUGGUUGCUGUAAUUAUUACUUCAGCUUUUACUUUUUUAGCUUUCUCUUUAUUGAAUUUGAACCAGCUUUGUGUAAUCAGACUGAACCGGUGACUGAUAACCUCUUUUACAGUCUUUUGGGACUCGUUCUUAUUGUGUUUUGAUUCCUUUUCUGAUGCCCUUUUAUCUCUCCAAUGCCAUUUACUUCAGUCUUUGUACAAUUUACUACUCCUUGAUAUAUAGAUUUCCCAUGUAGUUUGGUCGUCUUCGUAACUUAAACCGAGGUUCUUUUAAACUAAUGACAUGUCUUUCUGGGAAAUUGUUGACUUGGUCUUGCAGUCCCUCCUGGAUGUUUGCUUACAUAAAGUACCAAUUUUUUGUACAUUUAAAAGUGUGGUUUGGUGAUUAUGUAGUUAAAAGUUGUGGCUGGAAGGGGUUCAUUCCAUGUGGUUUAUGGAUCAUCUCAGCAAAUGGUCUUUUAUAAUCAGAGCAGUUGAAUGAGCAAAAAGCAGACACAAAAACUCACACAACCGAUGCUUUGCUGGUGGCUGGUGAAAGCAUCAAAGUGAUCAA